AUGCGGCUGUUUGAGUGGCAGGAGAGCAGUGUGUCAGGAGAACCCAUAGAACGCUCUGUGGUCCUCGUUCUGUAUGGAACCCUCAGCACAUUGCUACAGUUCAGCUCUGCUGAUCAGAUAUGGACCGAUGGGGGAGGAUCAGAGAGCCAGCACACAUUGAUCCUCUCUGCCAAGGCAAGUGAAAACAAGACCAGUCCACCUGCUCAGUGCUGGACCCAGUCAGAUCACCAGGCUUAUUGGGAAGUGG